AUGUCUCCCUCCAAAGUUGCCAGCGUCAAGUUUGACGAGUUCUACAACAUCAUCGAUGGCAAGCAGCGCCCAGCCAAGCAGCAGCACUACGGUGUGAACCCCGCCACUGGCGAGAAGCUGUGGGCCGUCCCCGUGGGCACCCAGCAGGAUGUCGACGACGCCGUCGUGUCUGCCCAGCGGGCCUACGAGAAGUUCCGCUUUGUGCCCAUUGAGAAGAGGAAGGAGCUGCUCGUCAAGUUCAAGGACCUCUACAUGGCACACGUCGAUGAGAUGACCGAGCUGCUCAAGAAGGAGAACGGCAAGCCGCAUCAAUUCGCCUCUUUCGAAGCCGGUGCUGCGGCCUUGUGGUUUGACCACCACGCCAAGCUCGACUUGCCCGAGGAGCGCGAGGAGGAUGACGAGAAGGUCAUUACCACUCGCUUCACUCCCCUCGGUGUCGUGGGCGCCAUCUGCCCAUGGAACUUCCCCAUCAUCCUCUGUCUCGGCAAGCUCAUUCCCGCCGUGCUUACCGGCAACACCAUCAUCAUCAAGCCCAGCCCCUUCACCCCCUACACCACCUUGAAGAUUGUCGAGCUCGCGCAAGAGAUCUUUGAGCCCGGUGUUGUGCAGGCGAUUGGCGGCGACGACAAGCUCGGCCCCAUGCUCACCGCCCACCCGGGCAUUGCCAAGAUCUCCUUCACCGGCUCCAUCGCGACCGGCAAGAAGAUCAUGGCCGCGUGCGCGCCGACGCUCAAGCGUGUCACUCUCGAACUCGGCGGCAACGACGCCUCCAUCGUCCUCCCCGACGUUGACGUCAAGAAGACCGCGCCCGAGCUUGUCAUGGGCGCCUUCCAGAACUCCGGGCAGGUGUGCGUGGCGACGAAGCGCAUCUACAUCCACGAGAAGAUCUACGACGAGAUGCUCAAGGAGAUGGUCGCCUUUACCAAGACCAUCAAGGUCGGCGACCAGGACUCCGGCGCCCUGCUCGGCCCGCUGCAGAACUCGAUGCAGUACGAGAAGGUGAAGAACAUGUUCAAGGAUACGAAGGACAAGGGGUACAAGUUCGCCGUGGGCUCACCCGAUGUUGCCGAGGGCAAGGGCUACUACAUCCAGCCGACCAUCAUUGACAACCCGCCCAACGACAGCCGCAUCAUCCAGGAGGAGCCGUUUGGCCCCAUCGUCCCCACUCAGCCGUGGUCGGACGAGGAGGAGGUCAUCAAGCGCGCCAACAGCAGCCUGACGGGUCUUGGCGCGUGCGUGUGGGGCAAGGACAUUGAGCGCGCCGAGCGCAUUGCGCGCAGACUCGAGGCCGGCUCGGUGUUUGUCAACUCCUUCGAGAAGCCCACUCCUCAGGCCGUGUUUGGCGGACACAAGGAGAGCGGGAUUGGUGGCGAGUGGGGCAAGGAGGGCCUGAAGGCCUUCUGCAACCCGGUAAGUCGUAGCCUCUUAUGA